AUGCAGCCAUCUGAAAUGGUCAUGAACCCCAAACAAGUCUUCCUCUCAGUGCUGAUAUUUGGAGUAGCAGGGCUACUCCUCUUGAUGUAUUUGCAAGUCUGGAUUGAAGAACAACACACAGGGAGAGUGGAGCAGAAAAGAGAACAAAGAGCAGCUUCAGGAUGGGGGCCUGUAAAUUACUUGCAGCCUAUAGCCAGAAACAGAGAGUAAACUCUCCUGACCAGAGAAAAAAUCCAGGACCAUAUCACCAACCAGAACCCCAAGUACCACAUGUCCAAGGAUCCCAAGAAUAAAGAGGAAAAUCUACUCAACUCUGAGAGGCCUACCAGGGUCUUCACAGAUAACAACCACUCCCAAGGAGAGGCUCAAGUUUUGAGUAGGAUCACAGGGUCACCAACAAUUCAGUUGAUUGAAAAACAUCAAGGGACUAAGACCCUUUUCAGGAAGUUCAGCGAAAUGAAUUGGCCGGUGGACAUUCGCCCUUUAAACAAAAGCUUAGUCACAGAUAGCAAAUGGAAGAGAAUUGAUGCAACUCAAGAAAAACGCAGGUCUUUGCUUCAGGAAUUUUGCAAGAAGUAUGGUGGGCUGAGUCGUCCUCAAUCCCAUCUUUUUCACAUGGUCUCCAGGAUCUAUGUAGAAGAUAAACACAAAAUUUUAUACUGCGAAGUACCAAAGGCUGGCUGUUCCAACUGGAAGAGAAUUCUGAUGGUACUCAACGGAUUGGCCCCCUCCGCGUACAACAUCUCCCAUGAUGCUGUUCACUACGGGAAGCAUUUGAAAAAGCUCGACAGCUUUGACUUAAAAGGGAUUUAUACUCGUUUAAAUACCUACACCAAAGCUGUGUUUGUUCGUGAUCCCAUGGAAAGAUUAGUGUCUGCAUUUAGGGACAAAUUUGAACACCCCAAUAGUUAUUACCAUCCAGUAUUUGGAAAGGCAAUUAUAAAGAAAUAUCGGCCGAAUGCCUGUGAAGAAGAAUUAAAUAAUGGAUCUGGCGUCAAAUUCAAAGAGUUCAUCCACUAUUUGCUGGAUUCCCACCGUCCAGUAGGAAUGGACAUUCACUGGGAAAAGAUCAGCAAACUCUGCUAUCCAUGUUUGAUCCACUAUGAUUUUGUAGGAAAAUUUGAAACUUUGGAAGAAGAUGCCAAUUAUUUUUUACAGCUGAUUGGAGCUCCAAAAAAGCUGAAAUUUCCCAACUUUAAGGAUAGGCACUCUUCUGAUAAAAGAACCAAUGCUCAGGUGGUGAGACAGUAUUUAAAGGAUCUGACUAGAACUGAGAGACAAUUAAUCUAUGACUUUUAUUACUUGGAUUAUUUGAUGUUUAAUUAUACAACUCCAUUUUUGUAG